CAAGCUCAACAUGUGAACUCCCGAUAUGAUUCACAUCGAGGACUUUCCACGCAUGACCCACCUACUCCUCAUCCGUUGAUUUGUUCAGAUUUUGACUUUCCGAACGUUGAAGCUGAGCCAGAAGAUGGAGACUAUGACCAAGUAAACAGCAGUUUCUAUAAUCGGUUCUCUCCUCUGGAACUUCCGCAGCUCCUCAGUGAUUGAAGAUGGAAUCCGAUAAGAUUAAAGGGGUCGUCAUAAUCACUCUUCCACCACCGGAUAAUCCGUCGUUGGGUAAAUCCAUCACUGCUUUCACACUCUCCGACGACUUCCCGGAACCUCCCCGCCAAUCCGGCGCCGUUCUUCAAGAGGUACAAGAAUCAAAUAGUAACGAAUUGACCCUCCAACAGAAUCUUCCGAUUCAGGCCCCUUCGAAUUCGAAUCAGCAAAGUAUCUCUUCGUCAGGGGGGCUCUUUGCUGGUACUCCAAGAAAGCUCGUUGUCUUACUGGGUAUUGCCCUUGUUGCUAUUUAUCUUUCUGCUUCCAAUUUCCCGGUGACCCUUUUGGAAUUGCGUAGUUCCGAGAAGAAUGAUGACGGUCGCCCGAAAUCCUUGCUAUUUCCUCUUUAUUCCAAAUUGGGGUUGGGUGAGAACAAUGAUUUCCAGCUUAAGUUGGGGAGGACUGCCAGUGUAAAUAAGGAUAAUCCGGUUACAACAUUUAAUAUUGGGCUUGAAGUUCCCAUGCCUGGCAAAUUGGUUUCUUCCACUUUAAAAUCUGAGGAGUCCGCCAUUUUACCUGUGGGAGGAAAUAUCUAUCCAGAUGGAUUGUAUUAUACUUACGUCACUGUUGGAGAGCCACCAAGACCUUACUUCCUCGACAUUGAUACUGGGAGCGACUUGACAUGGGUUCAGUGUGACGCUCCUUGCACCAGCUGUGGCAAGGGAAGCAAUCCAUUAUACAAGCCAAAAAGAGAGAACGUUGUAUCGUUCAAGGACUCUUUGUGCAUGGAAGUUCAAAGAAAUUAUGAUGGCGACCAGUGUGCAACCUGCCAUCAAUGUGACUACGAGAUUCAAUAUGCUGACCAGAGUUCCUCUCUAGGGGUUCUUGUUAAAGAUGAGUUUAAUUUAGUGUUUUCCAAUGGAUCAUUGACCAAGAUGAAUGUUACUUUCGGGUGUGCUUAUGAUCAGCAAGGCUUACUAUUGAACUCUUUGUCAAAGACUGAUGGCAUUCUGGGACUAAGCAGGGCUAAAGUUAGCUUACCUUCCCAGUUGGCAAGCCAUGGGAUCAUAAACAAUGUGUUAGGUCACUGUCUUACCGAUGAUGCAGCAGGUGGUGGAUAUAUGUUCUUAGGUGAUGAUUUUGUGCCACAGUGGGGGAUGGCAUGGGUUCCCAUGCUUGACAGCCCAUCCAUAGAUUUUUAUCAAACAAAGAUUGUGAGAGUAAAUUAUGGAAGCAGCCCACUGAGUCUUGAUACUUGGGGCAGCAACCAGGAGCAAGUAGUUUUUGAUAGCGGCAGCUCCUACACAUACUUCACAAAAGAAGCAUAUUCUCAAUUGGUUGCGAAUCUUGAAGAAGUCUCGGCGUUUGGGCUUAUUCAAGAUUCAUCAGAUACCAUUUGUUGGAAAACUGAAUCUUCUAUAAGAUCUGUUAAAGAUGUGAAGCAGUUCUUCAAGCCUUUAACGCUCCAGUUCGGGAGCAGAUUUUGGAUUGUGUCCACAAAACUUGAGAUUUCUCCAGAGAAUUAUUUAGUCAUCAAUAAAGAAGGAAAUGUAUGCUUGGGAAUUCUUGAUGGAAGUCAGGUGCAUGAUGGGUCCACAAUCAUUCUUGGAGACAAUGCACUGCGUGGGAAAUUGGUCGUUUACGACAAUGUGAAUCAGAGAAUUGGAUGGACUUCAUCUAACUGUCAUAAGCCAAGAAGAGCUAAACGCCUCCCAUUCUUUUGAUACACUGUCAGUCUACAGAUAAACUUCUUGGUCAUAUUGUUACAUGGAAUGCCUAGACUGUUGUGUCUAUAAAUAGGAGUAGCUAUUUGUUAAUAUAAUAAUAAAUUUUUGGAAUA